AUGAGCCUAAAAGCGGAGUACAUCCGCUAUGAUCGUCAAAUCCGCUUGUGGGGAAAAACCACUCAGCAGCGGUUGAUGGAGGCUGAGGUGCGGCUCUGGGAUCUGCAGGGUGUGGACGCUGAAAUAGCGAAGAAUCUCGUCCUGGCGGGCAUCAAAUCCUUACAGGUGCACAGCACCACGCAAAAAAUCCGAGCGACGGAUUUGCGUAACAACAUGCUCGUGCAAAGAGGCACCGCGUCCAUGACUUGCGAGGAGGCGGGGGUUGAGGCUCUGAAAUUGCUCAACCCAUACGUGCGAGUUAGUCUGCGCAAUUUUAGUAAAGAUGGUGCAGGAGGAAGCUUUCCCGGGGCGCAUGGCAUCAGCAUCGCGCUGGUGCACGAUAUUGUGGAGCUGAGUUCAGUCGUCGUGCAAUGUGGUGGCUCCAGUGACGUUGUAGCACUCAGUGUUCAGUGCGAUUCCUGCAUAUUGACACUCUUUUUAUAUCGUGAUCAAAUGACAACGAUGGAGCAACAAUGGAGGCAGCUUGUUGAAGACCCCAUUUGCAUUCACAACAAGCCCACCGUGUAUCAGAAAAUGCUCCUCGCUCUUCACCUCGGGAGGCCCUCCUUAACCUACGCCCAGCUGCUCACCAGCGCCAUGAAUGUGGUUGAACAGCUGCGGCUUCGCAAGCUGGGCGCCGAGGACAUUGAGGAGGUGUUCAAGCUGAGGGAGCGCGACCCCGGCCCGGUCGCCUGCACCCUGGCGGGGGCCUCCGUGGCACAGCACCUGAUCCGCCACACCGGGGAGGGGGGCGGACGGCCGUGGCGUUGGAUGAUUUGCCAGGAGACAUCGGAAGUCGAAGUGGGGUUUGACUAA